GUGGUUUGAGCGAUGAGCCUAUAACUGUUGGAGUCGGUUUGUGUGACAGUCUGACAAACCCUGGACUGCUCCAGUGACGGACUGGGAUCUGCUGGCUACUGGCUGCCACCACAGAAAGUAAUCACCCAACAAUAUGUAUCACCUACGAGUGCCUGUGCUUCUUCUCAUACUGCUUGUCUUGCUGCGUUGCGUCACCACAGCCCCGACUUACAGGUACUUCAGUCCCAGCUCAUCUGGCGAGCAGGAAAGUGCUCUCCCGGACGGCGAAGGCUGGUUAGCUCCUGGGCUGAUCUCCAACCCAUUCCUCGGUUUAAUGGGUGCACGGCCUCAAAGGGGGCUCACAGCUCUGAACAGUCACCACAUAGAGAAGAGGAAGUGCAACACAGCCACCUGCGUCACCCAAAGGCUAGCAGACUUCCUGGUCCGCUCCAGUAACACCAUCGGUACUGUCUAUGCACCGACCAACGUGGGAUCUGCCACCUAUGGCAAGAGGGACCUACUGCAGCCUCCCAACUACCUGCCUCUCUAGUAGGACGCUCCACCAGCACUCCCAGUGCUCCGAUGAUGUAACCAGACAUCUUGUGUAACAGUGAUUGUCAGAGUGGCGUUAUUACUGAUGAUGACACUGAUGGUAACGAUGAUUACGAACAGGUUUUUUUCUUGUUUAUUUUAUAAACUUUAAGAAACAGUGCCUUUAAUUUAAAACCAUCAACGCCGAUGUGUGUUUAGUUUUCCGGGCUCUGUGUGUGCUGUGGCUCUGUUAGUGUUGGUCCACAAUGGCAUGAUGUGAAUAUGAAAAUACAUCAAAAGUAAAUAAUAAAACAAUAAAUAAAAGAAAGCAAAUGUAAAGCCAUAUGAAAUAAAUGUUAUUUGUUUUGAUAAUAAAAUUGUGAAAAUAUAUAUUUUUUUAAAUCUUCACACGUUUUAAGCCACAUUAUUGCAUAUGAUGUCGACUGCAUGCAGGAGUUAUGAGCUGUUAGCGUAUCCUCAGCUAGCACUCCUACAUGGUACGUCCAACACAACAAAUUAAAAGGUUUCUGCUACCAAGCUCCCAGCUCACUCCCACAGGUUCCACACAAACUCUAGAAUAAAACUGAAAUGAAAUGUGGUCUGCCAUGUUUCUCUGUAGGUAAGAGACAUCCAGUAGAUCAGGUGAAGAUUAAUUACAUUAAUAAAGAGAUGUUAGGUACCCAGAGUUGUCACAGGCGACCUAAGAGGAAUGCCUACGAGCCAUGUGUGUUUAAUGUGGACCUAUAGACCACUGCAUGCCGCAGUGACUGCCUGGGAACAUGGAGGCCUUUAAGAAAUGGAGUCACUGUUAAUGCAAAUUUACUCAACGUAACUGCUUGUUUUGCUGCGAAUUCAACCUACACUUUGAUGCCAUCUUAUGUUUAUGUGUUAUGCUAUGUCUUAUGGAUAAAGACGGGAAACAGCUAGCCAGGAAGUAAAUGGUCAAAGCCUGGCACAUAAACACACGUAUAAAGGCAAAUUGACAUUUUCAACUUCAGUGUUUGUACACUUUAAACAAACUAAGAAAACAAAAUUAUUAAUUUGAGGUUUUAGAUAACACUACAUUUUUUCUGCAUGAAAUAGGCUGUUUUGUUUUCUUGUGCACACCUACUUUUUUUAAAAUAACAAAUUGAAACUCUAUACAUCAGAACUUUCCAAAUUUAAAGUAAAAUUGAAUUUCCCAUCAAAAACAAUUCCAGUUAGUGAACUGAGUUUUCUAUUGGCUACACAGCAAAAUACCUCCCUUCUCUGUAUUGAAUCAUAUUGUAUUGCGUGACCACAUGCAUGAUAACAGUGUAGAAUAGACUCUGAUAACUGCUACACUCAUAUUUAUUACCUCUGCCAAGGAGGUUACCUUUUCACUCGUGUCCUUCAGUUGAUUGGUUUGGAUGGAGAAACGGUCUCUGCCCAGAACAGACCCCAAUAACUUUUGGUGUGGAUCCGUAUAAAGUCUCCUCUAUGAUGGAUACAAAAGUUGCAUUAUAUUGUAUUAUACUGUGACUUAUGUAAAUGACUUAUGUACAUUUUGACUGCAGAUUUUCAGCAAAACAAUUCCAUCUCAUUGAGAUGUGUACGUACAUGUUCUUCCAUAAUUUAUACCUUAAAACAGUCUCAUAAAUAUAGUCAGGUUAAUUAACUGUGAUCUUAUAAUGUAAUCAAUAAUGGAUGGUAUCACUCCCCUGUUUACAAAUCUCAGC